AUGGAGUGGCGUAGGCCGCAGGCCGAAGCAUUGCUGGGAUGCGAGCGCUACGGGGAGGCGGAGACGGAAGCUCGGACGGCGGCUGAGAGUUUCCGGUCCGCGGGCGAUGCCAUCGGCGCGGCCGACGCGAUGCGCGUGGUGGUGAAGUCUCUUCUUGGGCAGGGACGCCGCGACGAAGCGUUGGCCUUCGCCAUGAAGGAGAGAGACGAGGCCGAGAAGGGCCUCGCGCUCGCCAAGCUGCAGGUCUCCGUGGCCGAGGCCUCCCUCGGCAUUGGAAGCCAGACGCAGGCGGUGGCCGGGGUGAAGGAGGCGCGGCGGACCUUCGCCGACAAAGGCGCGGCUGCCAUGGAGGCGGCGGCCCUGCGGGCCUUGGCAGCCCUGGAAAUGGACAGGGGCGAUGCCGACCUACCCGGCUUGGAGCUGGGACUCCGGCAUGCUGAGGAGGCCAAGCAACGGGCCGUGGAGCUGAACAACCGCCGCCUGGAGGCGGCGUGCCUGCUGUUGAUGGUCGAUGCCGCGGGCCUCCACAAGUCCGCGGAAGAUGCCCUGCUCGUGGCGGAGGAACUUCUGGACGUGGCUUUGGAGCUCAAGGACAAGCAUCUGGAGGCUUGCACCUUGAGCAAACUCUCGGCGUGGAAUCGCAAGCUCGGAGAUCGUGAUCGGUCCAUCUCCGAUGCAGAAGAAGCUUGGGAGAUCUACCGGGACCUUGAGUCUCCGCAGGAGCCGCAAGCUCUCCGGGCCCUCGUGGAAGGCCUCCUGCCGGUGGACCCACGCCGUGCUCGGCGCCUCUGCAACGAGACCUUAGCCCGACUGCGCGAGAAGGGAGACAAAUUGGCCGAGAUCGAGGUCACGCGUCUCCUUGUGGAGGUGCUGCUCAGACUCGGGCACUCGCAGGAGGCUGCCUCGGCAGCGCAAGAUUGCAUCCUCAUCUGCAAGGAGACCGGCGCAACAGCGGCCCAGGCGGCCCUGAUGGUCCGUCUGGCCCGCGCACGCCUUCAGGCGGGCGACGUCGAGAAGGCCAAAGUCAUGGCAGAAAAUGCCUGGGAGCUGCUAGACGAUGCCAAAGCUGCACGCGAUGAGAAGGCAGAUGCCAUGGAGGUGCUUUGCGAUGCCCAGAUCCAGUCGGCCGACCUCGAGGAUGCGUUGGCGCGUGCCAACGAGUUUCGCAAUCACUUCGCGGUGGCGGGGGACGCCAGGGGUCAAGCAAAGGCCAUGCUGCGUUGUGCCCAACUUCAGUUGGAGAUGACUGACUACGAAGCAGCCUUCCAAAGUGCACAGAAGGCUUGCAACAUCUACCAUCAGGAGCGGCAAAAGAGCGAAGAGGCUGAUGCGAGGUUACUGUGCGGCAAAGUCUUGUGGCGGAAGGGCGACCACAAGGCAGCCGUGAACUGGGCAGAGCGUGCCCGAACGGCGUACCGCGAGUUGGAGCAGACAGAAGACGAGGUCGCUUGCCUCUACGUGGUGUCCGAGAACGCAGCACGCCUAGCAGCCCGGGAAGGUGCCAGCUUGGAAAAUCCAGAGCCAGCACCCCGGUCCGCCAGAGAUGCCUUGGAGAAGUCCUUGAAGUCCGCCGAGGCGGGCCUGAAGCUGCUGAAGGUCACCACCAGUGCGUUUCCGGAGCUCCACGGACAGCUGCUGUGUGCCCGGGCGCAGGCGCUAACCUUCAAACACCUCUUUAGCGAAGCCCUGGUGAGCCUGGACGAAGCUGUCUUGCGGUUCCGGGAGCUCGAGGAGUACGAGCUGGAGGCCAACGCGCUCCUGCUCGCCUGCGACAAUCUCUUUGUCUUGAACCGAACGAAGGAGGCAGGUGAGGCAGCGGAGGAGGCACUCAUGCUCUACCAGCACUGCCAGGACCUCGAGGGCGAGCAACGGGCCCGGGUGAUGCUGAAGCACCCCAGCCUCAUGGCCACCAGCAGGCCCUCGGCCACACCGAUGGCACCGAUGGCACCAACGGUGCCCGGGGCAGACGUCACGCCAGUGUGGCUGCAACAGGCCGACGCGGCACCGGAGGAGGCGGCCGCAGCCGGCGCCACCAAGGCCGUGCAGCGCUCUGCCGGGCCGGCGCUGGACAUGAGCGCUGUGACUCCAGAGGCGGUGAAGGCGAAGGUGCGUGACAUCGUCGCCAUCGUCACUGACACGGACGUAGAAGACAUCCAUGCAGAGACGCCGCUCAUGGAGGCCGGCCUCACCAGCAAUACAGCGAUUUAUCUGCGAGACAUGAUGAGCAAGGAGCUUGGCACGAACCUCCCCAUGACCCUGGUCUUCGACUAUCCCACCAUUACCGACAUGACCGACUUGGUGCAAAGUACUGUGGCGGCGCAGGCCAUCAAAAACUGA